GGUCAAUGUCAAGGCCAAAGCUAUCUUUGGCUGUGUUACCUUUGGGAAAGUGGGAAAGUUCCGAAACGUCAUUGAAGGCGUCGUCUUGAUUGACAACUCCUUGGUUGGAGCACAACUUGAAAAUGUCGGACUGGGAAGAGGACGAAAACGAGUCUGUGCCACAACCAACGUCGGCCAAAUGGACGCCCACUGGAAAUAUUUCUUUCGGUGUGCGAAACAGGAACAAAAUCGGAGCGUUUUGCGACAAUGUAGGCGAUAAUUAUCGGAGCGGCGUUAGAGGCGAAGGCAAAAGUCGGGGAAACGAUGGCCGCUCUUUUUCCCGGACCGACGAACGAGGACCCGAUGGCAGACGCCAAUUCGGGUCUCAUAGGUCGAAUUCACCCGUCACUAUCACCGUGGAAAAUGGCUUGGUUGGGAGGAUAAUUGGCCGCGGAGGAGCUAAAAAACGUGAAUUGGAGGAGAAUAGUGGUGCAAGAAUCAAGAUCAACGACGGGGAAAAGGAGGCGGAGGUGCUCAUCUUUGGACCUCCUACCAUCAAGCAGAAGGCCAAAGAGAUGAUAGAAGAGCUGCUGGCCAACGAGAACCCUCGAAUCUACGGCAGAGGCUACGGAAGAAGGGGAGCAAGAGGAGGCAAUGGAGGAGGUGGCUCGGUGUGGUCCGACACACAGUUACAGACAUCUGAGGUGGCCCCGACUCAUGUGUCCAUAGACUGGAGCAACAUUCGGGAAAACAUACAUAAAUAUGAAGAGAUGAAAUGGAAAGACCUACCACCCUUGGAGAAGAAUUUCUACACCGAGGCUGAAAGCGUGUCCCUCCUCACUGCUGAAGAAGUCUGUGAUUGGAGGAAAGAAAACAACAACAUCUUUGUGGAUGACAUGGUGGACGGCGGCGAAAAACGUCCCAUCCCUAAUCCCUGCCGCAGUUUUCUGGAGGCCUUUGAGCUUUACCCAGAAAUCAUGGACAACAUUCAUCGGGUCGGCUUUGUUAAACCAACCCCCAUCCAGUCACAGGCAUGGCCUGUGCUGCUUAGCGGGGAGGACCUGAUCGCCAUUGCUCAGACAGGAACGGGCAAAACGUUGGUUUAUCUGCUGCCUGGAUUCAUCCACAUGGACGGACAGCCCAUACCUCGAUCAGAGCGCGAAGGCCCCGGCAUGUUAGUGCUGACUCCGACCAGAGAGCUGGCCUUGCAGAUUGAAGAGGAGUGCAGCAAGUAUCGCUACAAAGGCUACAAAAGCAUCUGUAUCUACGGCGGCGGUGACAGAAGGGGUCAGAUCAACCUGGUGAAAAGCGGCGUGGACAUUGUCAUUGCUACUCCAGGACGACUAAACGAUCUACAAAUGAACGAGCUCAUCAGUCUGCACUCCAUCACUUACUUGGUCCUGGAUGAAGCAGACCGAAUGCUUGACAUGGGCUUUGAGCCUCAGAUUAUGAAGAUUCUGCUGGAUAUCCGGCCUGACAGACAAACGGUCAUGACAAGUGCAACCUGGCCUACCGGCGUGAGACGUCUGGCUAAAUCAUACCUCAAGAAUCCCAUGAUGGUCUAUGUGGGCACCUUGGACUUGGCAGCUGUCGAUACGGUGCAGCAGACUGUGCUGGUCGUCCAUGAAGAAGACAAGAAGUCUUACCUGUUUGGCUUCAUCGCCAACUUGCUGCCUGAGGAUAAAGUCCUCAUUUUUGUCAGCAAAAAGAUCAUUUGCGAUGACCUGUCCAGUGACAUGUCCCUUCACGGUCUGGCCGUGCAAAGUCUCCAUGGCGACCGGGAGCAGUAUGAUCGGGAGGAGGCACUCAAGGACUUUAAAGAAGGUCACGUUCGUAUCCUGGUGGCCACCGACUUGGCAUCUCGCGGCUUGGACGUCCAUGACAUCACGCACGUUGUAAACUACGACUUCCCUCGAAACAUCGAGGAAUAUGUCCACCGCGUGGGCCGGACUGGACGAGCAGGACGCUCCGGAGCCGCUGUUACCCUGGUAACAAGGGAAGACUGGAGGAAGGCACCGGAGUUAAUUCCCAUCCUGGAGCGAUCGGGGCAGGACGUUCCUGUGGAGUUGGUGCAAAUGGCGGAAAGAUACGAGAAGCACAAGAGGGAGAAGGAGAUGUUUCCCGGUCCCAGGGGCCAAGGCGGUCGAGACAGACGACGCGGUGAACGACGUGAGGGCAGAGAUCGAGGCCAAUACUGGGGAUUCUAAUCAGCGUUCCUUUUCCAAGUGAGUCAGUUCUUCGAGCACAGGAGAAGUUCAUAUCCAGGAAAAAGACUUAGAGUAUAUAACACCAGGGGUGGGCACCCCAUUGUGAAUAAGGGCCACAUUUGAUUCACAUAUAAGCAAAAAGACUGAUUAUUUUAGGU